CUCCAUGGACAUUCCGAAAAUAAAGAUCACAUAUAAAAAAAAUUUCGAAUUGAUUCAGUUCUGCUCUUAUGAACACAUCAUAUAUAUAAAUCUUUCCUUUGAAUCACUCUGUAUAUUGAUGAAAAUCGCAUUAAAAUCCGUUAUAUACUUAUAGGUUAAAAGAUCUUAGCGUACAAACAGCGGGAGUAGCUUUAUUUUAUACUAAGUAUAGAUAAUUAACAUAAAUUUAGUAUAUAAAUAUUGUAGGUUUUUUAAUAACAUAAACAUAACAUAAUAAUAUAAUCCUAACGAACGUAUUAAAAACGCAUUAUUAACCGAUCAGAAAUCUAUUUCGAGGAUACGGUUCAGAUUUGUUCAGUUGGUUUACUAUCACUAAUGAUUAUGGAUGGUACACCAAGGCAAAUAUUGUUUAUUGCCAUCAUACUUACAAUUAAUGUUCAGCGUGACUACACGAGAACUACUGCACCUACCAAUUUGUUGGUGACCAGAGCGGGGCCUUGUUCCACCUCCCUCGAUAAUGACACGGUGGUUAAAUUAUCAGAGAUGAGCGUGUUCACAAGGACAUAUGACUCCUCUGUCAGUGGAUGGUUGAAUAUCAGCUCAAACAUCAACAAUGGGUGGAGUGUUAAGGCAUCGAUGGAGAAGUGCCAGGACAUCCGUAACCUAGACACAUGCGAUUACUUAAAAGCGUUCUCAAUGAUCAGUAACGGUUGCGAGCAGAACAGUGACGACGAUGAUGAGCAAUCACAGUUAUAUUAUAUGUUCUUUCGACAUACACAUCCCAGAAUGUCCUGCCCGAUAAACGCUGGAAACUACCGGAUAGAGACGUUUCCGUUCCAAACAGAAGACAACUACAUCCCCGUGUCGGAGUCAAAGAUAUCGACCAGCAUGUUCGGGUACACAUUCAAGCUUGAAGGUUUCCUGGAGGGACAUAAAUUAGUUUGCUUGGAGGCGUAUAUGCAACUGCUAUACAUCCGCGAAUACGGCGCAUCAACCGAGGCUCCAGCACUCGCGUCAUUACCAGUCGAAGAAGACUCUACAGAAGAAUACUGAACAUUUAAAUGUUUGGAAGUGCUUAAGAUCGCCGAAGCACGAUGAAAUUAUAAAUGGUGGGGCGAUUUUUUCAUCUAUGCAAAGUUAUAAACAAAAGUCCUAAACGUUCUUAUCGCGGAUUAUAUAGAAAUACGGUUCAAAAUUUUACUAAAAAAAUUAAUCCACAUC